AAUUUGCCAGUCAACACAGAUCACUUAUUGUGAACACUUCUAUCUCGUCACCUCGGACACAAAAAAAGAAAUUGAAAAAAAAAGAAAACAUGAAGCUUUUUUAUUUGCUGAUUGUAUCAAUUCUGAUGUUUAACUUUUGCCGCUGCACAGAUAACGAACACUUCGAAGCAUGUAAGAAGAAUCUGAAGAUAUCCGAAGCGGAACUGGAUUCAAUUCCAAGAAAGGUCUCAAUUGGCGAUCUGUCCACGAAUUAUAGAUGCUUUGCAAAGUGUCUGAACGAGCCCUAUUUUGGUAAGGACGGCAAAAUCGAUCCGAAAUUGAUUGAUAAUGAAGAUCUAAGAGCCAAAUAUGUCACUUGCAAAAAUCAAUAUGACAACGUUGAAGAUGUAACUGGAUGCGAUUAUGGAGCUUACAUACAAAUGUGUGUCUAUCAAGAGUAAAUAUUUAAGUAUAUUUACAAUAAAUAUAAUAAU